CAGUUCAGUUGGUUGUUGUACCUUAAGAGUAAAGUACAGAGUGGAACUCAACUACGCCAGUCAAGGUCUAAAACAUGGAAAAGGGUGGACGUGAAUGGUGUGAAGCCAAAACGCGUGAAGCCAAACGGACGAUGGGAGUUGGGCCGCCCAAACGGAGUGACUGCUCAGUGGACGUGGAAAGGGUACCAUCACCUGCAUUUAGCUACUCAUCUACAGCGAGUGGCCAGUCACACGAAGAGCCCAUCAAUUUCAACCAGCUUCAUCAAGGUAAAAAUAUAAUACUGUCGAUAGAAAGUCGCAUUUGCAAGUUUGAGAAGCUAUGGUUAUCCCCAGACCAGAGGAUACAGAACCUGGCUCUAAGGGAAAAGAAUCUGGCAGAAAAGCAAGACCUUAGGUUAAAGAACAUGGAUCUCAGAGAACAGAACCUGGACCUGAGGGAAAAGAAGCUGGUAGAAAAGCAGAACCAAUGGGAAAAGAACAUGAACCUGAGGGAAAAGAACCUGGUCGAGAAGACGAACCAGAGGGAAAAGGACCUGGACCUGAGGGAAAAGAACCUGGCCCAGAGAGAAAAGAAGCUGGCAGAAGAGCUGGACCAAUGGGAAAAGAACUUGGAUCUUAGAGAACAGAACCUGGCUAAGAAUGAGAACUGGAAGGAAGAGAACCUGUACUGUACAACAGGGCCGAAUGACCUGAGCCAACCUAAAUACAACACACCUACAACAGGGCCGGAUACCAAGACGGGGCGCUAUGUCUCUGAGGAUAUUUAUGGAGCCUAUAUGGUUAGAACCCAGUGAACUGAGCCUCUGAAAGGACAGCAGGUUUGAUGUUUAUGGGUUUGGGUUGGACACAACACAAAGAUGUAAAGCACUGAUACACAAUUCUACAUAUAAUUUACAAUAUUCUCACUAGCAGAGAGUUUCUCUGCCAAUUUGUAAUAGAAAGUCUGUUUUCUGAGGAAAUCAUGGGGAUAAAAGCUGACAGAUGAUCUCACUGGGCGCUGUGUGUGAUCUUCAUAUUAUUAUUGUUUUUAUAGGUCUUUUUGUUGGGCAUGCAGAAUAAACAGAAAUCGAUGUUCUUGUUUUAACAACGAUCAUUUUACAGUUGUUAUCAGUCUUGUUAGUGAUGUAUGCAGCCAAUAUGUUGUGUUGAAUACUCAAAUAAAAAGCUCCUCUUGUACUGCA